UUUUUUUUUUUUUCUGGGUUGGUAGUUAUUACUCUAGCAGUCCUCUCUAACUACUGAGGCACAGGAUUUCAUGUCAGCAGCAAGAAUCAAAAAUUGCCCAAACUCUCAUCUGUUAGAAACAGUUACUUUGUAGGAUUUUAUUCUUUAAGGGAGAAGAUUUUCAAUUUGUUUUAGAAUGAAACAACAAUUAAGUGGUGUUUUUAGCCAAAUGAAUUGGCAUCUUUAUAGGUAGGAGAAGUAAAAUUAGUAAAUAUUUAUUUCAAAAAUCAUGACAAGGAAAAACUAGGAAGUUUAUUAGAGAAGUAAAUAUUUUACAUGCAAGGACAGUAUCUGCUUCUAUCUAGGUGACGCUAAGUGUCCUGUGAGGACCACUUUAGGUGACUGGCCAAGGGAAGGAUAUGCCCCAGUGAUACUCAAGCCACGAGCCGUACUACUAGCACCAUGUCUACUACACAAAGAAAAGGCAGCAGCCAUCUGUUCAGCAGUCUGCGAGGGUGUAAACUGAAGCUUCAGGAGGACUGGCGACAGCAAGAAAAAACUGCUAUUGCUCAGCCAGUAUUUGUUUUUGAAAAGAGAGAACAAGCUUUUAAGAGACCUGCAGAAGACACCCUGUAUGAAGCAGCAGAACACGAACGUAAUGGUUUUUCAAGAAAGCGUGUACGAUCUUCAUCUUUUACUAUCCCUAGUUCAGAUUCUCAGUCCCAAGGAGCAUCAACCUUGUCCCAGAAGAGAAUGAGAUCAGCAUUCUUCACUGACCACCCCACUUUCCCCCCUUCUGGGCCAGUGAAUAAAAACAAUGUUUUCAUGUCACCAACUCUCGUGCAAAAGAACAUUGAUAUGAACUAUACAGAACAUGGUCCUGUGAAACAUACUGAACAUGUUCUAAGACCUGCUAUUUUGCAGCCACCUCAAGUUCAAAGGUGUGAAAAAGUAAGAAACUUUGGGCACAAUGCAUUGGAAUCUCGCAAGAUUAAAUAAAAAGCAAACAAUAAGGAAAGAGAACCCGCUAUGACAGAACGUCAACUAAAUGAAGAUAAGUGCUCUUUUAAAAGCUGCAGUUCUGAUUUCAUUUUUGGAGAAAACAUGGUAGAAAGAGUUUUGGGUACUCCAAAACUCAGUCAGCCUAAAGUUGAAAAUGAUUCAUAUACCAAGGAAGAACCAUUCAAAUCCACUCUGAAAUUGACUAUGAGCUCUCCAAAUACAAGAACAGACUCCACUAAAAAUACAUCCCUAAUUGAAUCAGCUGCUGCUUUCUCGUCCAAACCAACACCAAAAUGCUUGCUGGAGAAAAUUGAUAUUAUAACAGGGGAGGAAGCAGAACAUAAUGUGUUAAAGAUCACCUGCAAGCUUUUUAUAUUCAACAACACAACACAAUCCUGGACAGAAAGGGGCAGAGGAACUUUGAGACUGAACGACACAGCACGCAGUGACUGUGGAACAUUACAGUCAAGACUAAUUAUGCGCAAUCAAGGCAGCCUGAGGCUGAUUCUCAAUAGCAAACUCUGGGCUCAAAUGGAGAUACAAAGAGCAAACCAUAAAAAUCUACAAAUAACAGCUACUGAUUUAGAAGACUAUAGCAUCAAAAUAUUUUUAAUUCAGGCCAGUGCCAAAGACAUAGGAUAUCUGUAUGCAGCAAUACAUCACCGUCUUAUUGCACUUCGAAGCGUCGUUAAGCAGAACGAUGUAAAUCAAGCUGAAAACCAGUCAGAAACAGUCCUCCAACAAUUAAACUUCGAUAGCUGUGAUGAGGAUGAGGAUGAUUUUAUCCAAGUCCCUAAAAAUGGAUCAGAUCCCUCUAGGUUGACCCACAGACAAUCAGUUGCCUGCUCAUAAGCGCUACCUACUAUAAACAUGACAACAUCUACAAAAAGAUUGGUCACCUUGGUGAAAAUACUAGACUAUCCUAAUUAAAUGACAAAAUCCUAUUCCUUCUUUGCUUUUAUGGAAAUUUUAAGAAACAUAAUUAAUUGCAAUUGACUUUUUCUUUUAUGUAGUCUAAUAAUUAUGAGGUUUUACAUUUUGAUUAUUUUGGAGAAAUGACAGAUUUAAGAAAU